UGUCCGCUAGGUGGCAGCAGUCGGAUAUGGUGAAAAUGUCACUGCGCAUGCCCGACAUUAUUCAACAAACAUGGCGGCACGCUACGUGACUGCAGUCGGGACGACACUGAAAGGUGUGCACCUUGUUUCCGGCCGGUGGAGCCAAACCCCGACAGUGUGUCAGUGUUUGCGGCUGCAUGCUGCUCAGUAUCGGCCGCUACAUGUCUCCCCUGCUGCCUCCCUGUGCAGCUCAAGGACAGAUCCACAGAAGAGCAGCCAGCCCCACAGCACAGCCGGCAGCCACACAGAAGAUAAGAGGGCCGAGGAGGAAGAGGGUCCUGAAUACAUCCCCAAGAAAAAGGGGAAGAACCCCAUGAUGGGGAUUGGCUAUGCCUGGAUGAUAGGCCUACCCACUGGAAUUAUCGGCUUCCUCCUGGCCAAGAGAGAAGUGGACAAGAACCGACUGAAGCAGCUGAAAGUUCGCCAGAGGAUGAAAAGGUCAAACGAGGGAGAAUAUGAAGGCAGUCGCUACCGCCAUCAUGCAGAGGAUGUCAAACUGGAACAAUGAUGUACAUAUAUGGCUGCAAUGAUUUCUACCAUAUCCUGAAUGUCACCACUGAGACGGUGACUCCACUGCACUACAGCCCAAAGACUGAUUACAAAAGAGAACCUCUGA